AUGGGCGAUGGGGGCGCGGAGCGCGACCGUGGCCCCGCACGCCGGGAGUCGCGCGGCGGGCGCGGCGCGGGGCGCGGCGGAGCAGAAGACUCGAACGCUGAUGCCAGCGGCCGCAGCCCAGGGGAGAUUGCCGGGACCUCCGCCUCCAGCCCUGCGGGCUCCAGGGAGAGCGGCGCAGACAGCGAUGGGCAGCAGGGACUUGGCGAGACGGACCACUGCCGCCGCAUUCUGGUGCGAGAUGCCAAAGGCACCAUCCGGGAAAUUGUCCUGCCUAAGGGCCUGGACCUAGACCGGCCCAAGCGGACACGCACAUCCUUCACAGCCGAGCAGCUGUAUCGCCUGGAGAUGGAGUUCCAGCGCUGCCAGUACGUAGUGGGCCGUGAGCGCACUGAGCUGGCCCGCCAGCUGAACCUCUCCGAGACCCAGGUGAAGGUCUGGUUCCAGAACCGCCGCACCAAGCAGAAGAAAGACCAGAGCAGAGACCUGGAGAAGCACGUGUCCUCCUCAGCGUCUGAGGCCUUCGCCACCUCCAACAUCCUGCGGCUGCUGGAGCAGGGCCGGCUGCUAUCUGUGCCCAGGGCCCCCAGCCUCUUGACGCUGACUCCCAGCCUGUCGAGCCUGUCAGGCCUGCCUGCCGGCCACAGGGGCACCUCCUUGGGUGACCCAAGGAACUCCUCCCCGCACCUCAACCCCCUGACCUCGGCCUCUGGGCCCCCUCCGCUGCCACCCCCUGCUCCAGCGCUCUGCUUUUCCACUGCCCCACUCCUGGACCUGCCUGCCAGCUGCGAACUGGGUUCCUCAGCCUUUGAGCCCUACAGCAGGCCCUACAGCCGGCUAGAACGGAGAGUAGGCAGCCCUGGUGACGCCAAGAAAGCUAACACUUAA